AUGACGAUCGUCGAGUACUUCACCAACAAUAACGACGCGAUCAACAACCUCCCGCCCAAGGUCACGACGUCCAUAUACGACGACGUGCCCGCGCUGGCGACGACGCCGGUGGUGACCGUGGCCGAAGCUGCCAAUGUGACGCUCGCACCGACUACGGCGCCGACGCCGACGACCGCCGCAACAACGACAACCAAGGCAACGGUGACGACGGCGCCGACGUCGUCGAGCGCUCUACUCACGAGCAGCAUCGACGAUUUCAACCAUCAAGUCUUGUCGUGCAUCGACGCGCAGCGACAACGCUAG